CCCUGUCCAGAUACUAGACUGGGGCUGUUUUUCAUCCUGCUGUGCCCUGCCAACAUCAUAGGGCUGUGGUGGGCAGUUGGCAGCCCCCUGGUGAUGGACCCCAACAGCAUCUGUAGGAAAACCAAGCGUCUGGCUGGAAAGCAGGCUGAGCUGUGCCAAACCGAGCCGGAGAUCGUAAGCGAGGUGGCCAAGGGCGCCAAACUGGGAGUACGGGAAUGCCAGUACCAGUUUAGGUCCAGGCGGUGGAACUGCACCAGUCAUAACAAGUACUUCGGGAAGAUCCUGCAGCAAGAUAUCCGAGAGACGGCGUUUGUAUACGCAAUCACGGCGGCGGGAGUGAUCCACGCGGUGACGCAGGCCUGUAGUAUGGGGGAGCUGCUGCAGUGCGGCUGUGAGGUGACGCGGAACUGGGGGCCCCCUCCUCCCCUCGCCAUUGGUCCGGGAGCAGAUGGUUCUGCCUGGGAAUGGGGGGGCUGCGGAGAUGAUGUGGAAUACGGAUAUGAGAAGUCUCGACAGUUCAUGGAUGCCAAGAGGAAGAAAGGAAAGAGCGAUAUACGGACGUUAAUUGAUCUCCAUAACAACGAGGCUGGAAGGCUGGCAGUGAAGAACUACAUGAGAACAGAGUGUAAGUGCCACGGCCUCUCCGGCUCCUGCACCCUGCGCACCUGCUGGAAGAAGAUGCCCCAUUUCCGAGAAGUGGGCGACCGACUGUUGGAGAGAUUUAACGGGGCGUUUAAAGUCAUGGGGGGCAACGACGGCAAGACCAUCAUCCCCGUGGGGCACAACAUUAAACCCCCAGACAAACAAGAUCUCAUCUACUCGGCGGAAUCCCCGGAUUUCUGUCAGGCCAAUCGGAAGACGGGCUCGCCGGGAACGCGGGGGCGGGUGUGUAACAGCACUGCUCUGGACGUAGGGGGGUGUGACCUCUUGUGCUGUGGGCGGGGACACAGGGAGGAGACUGUUGUGGUGGAGGAGAACUGUCUUUGUCGCUUCCACUGGUGCUGUGUGGUCCAAUGCAAAAAGUGCACUGUCAAAAAAGAGCUCAGUGUGUGCCUAUGAGACUGUGGGCACCGCGUGUAUGAGUGGGCAGAGCGUGGGGGAGACUCACCCCAAUACACCUAUAGGCGGCCAUGAACUUGGGUGAAAGACAAAGUCAUCCCAUUUCCAGCAGCCGCAGAACCAAGAAUCCUAAGGUUCCGGACCAAAGUAGAACCCAAGAUUCAGCACUAAUUACCGGCCUAUUGGGCGGCGCUGCUGAGUUACAAGUGGUGACUGGUUGCAGUGUGGCUUGUCCCAUUGAGCUCAAGGUGCACUUUCCUGUAGAGUGGGCUCUCAGACUUGCUGCUGUAGGACAAGGACGUCUGGGAAAUAACCGCCGGGCUGUGGAAAACUACAGCUCCCAGCCUCCCUUGAUGCUGAGAGCUGUAGUUAAGUAGGUUGGAGUGUGGGAAAAGGCAGUGCACACAAAUGAACUACAAGAUUCCUCAGAUUUUUCAAUUCUUGACCCAAAAAUUAAGAAGGUGGGUUUUACCAUGUGACCUAAUGUGGCGUCACAGCCCCCGAAAGCAACGGGGGGAGAGAAGUGAGAGCGAACUUUCAGGCAGCUUACCUAUAGUAUAUGCUUUUUACAUAUAGCAUUUAUAAUCACUUUAUUUUUCUAUCAGUGUCCAGUAAAAUAUAAUAACAUAUUUCCAUGUGUGUGUGGGCAGCCAUUAUUGCUCUGAAAACCUAAAAGGGGAUGUUUACCUUUAAAUUAACUAUUAGUAUGACGUAGAGAGAGAUCAUUUGCAAUUGGUCUUCAUUUUUUAUUAUUUGUGGUUUUUGAGUUAUUUAGCUUCUUAUUAAGCAGCUUUUGCAGUUUUAGCAAUCUGGUUUCCAGGGUCCAAAUGACCCUAGCAACCAUGCAUUCAUUUGAAUGAAAGGCUGGAAUACAAAUAGGCGAGGGUCUGAAU